AUGUUAUUAAUUCAUCAGCGACUCGCCUUUUUAUUAGUGCAAACAGUAAAAAGAUGUGCUUCUGUAAGAGGAAUUGCGAGUACAGUUCGACCGCAGCGAAAAAUGAAAGUAACGGUGAUACCAGGUGAUGGCGUUGGUGCAGAACUUACUCAUGCAGUGCAAAAAAUUGUGCAAAGCACAGGAAUACCAUUAGAAUUUGAAGAAGUUUUCUUGAGCGAAAUUGAACACUCAUGUUCAGCAAGCCUUGAGGAUGUUAUUAAAAUUGUUAGAAAAAAUAAUAAUGUGGCACUGAAAGGUGCAAUUAAAGAAGCAGACGAAACAGUUAGCGAUAGAGAAGAUAUCAAUAGGUCAUUGAAAAAAGGUCUUGAUCUUUUUGCCGGUGUUUCAAAUAUUAAAAGUUUAAAUGGAAUCAAAACACGUCAUCAAAAAAAUCUGGACUUCGUUAUUAUUCGUGAGCAAACAGAAGGAGAAUAUUCAUCGUUAGAACACGAGCUGGUACCUGGUGUUGUUGAAUGUCUCAAAAUUUCCACAGAAGAGAAGUCGUAUCGGAUAGCGAAAUUCGCUUUUGAUUAUGCUACGAAAUUUGGUCGACAUAAAGUUACAGCCAUACAUAAAGCGAAUAUCAUGAAAUUGGGUGACGGACUGUUUCUGCGAACUUGCGAAGAAGUCUCAAAAUUAUAUCCAAAUAUCAAGUUUGAAUCAAUGAUUAUCGAUAAUUGUUGCAUGCAAUUGGUAUCUCGACCUGAGCAGUUUGAUGUGAUGGUUAUGCCUAAUCUCUAUGGUAAUAUUGUUGGUAAUUUGGGAGCCGGUUUAGUUGGUGGUGCUGGAGUUGUUGCAGGACGUUCAAUUGGAUCGGAUGCAGUUAUUUUCGAACCAGGUGCACGUCAUGCCUAUCAACAGGCAUUUGGGAAACAAAUUGCAAAUCCAACUGCAAUGAUUUUGUGCUGUGCGGAUUUAUUACAACAUUUGCGAUUGCAAAAAUAUGGUGCUGCUCUUCGAUCAGCUACUGAGGCUGUUGUUGCCGAAGGCAAAAUAAGAACUCGCGAUCUUGGCGGUUCUUCAUCAACGUUAGAAUUCACCGAUGCUGUAAUUCAAAAGUACACUUUAUGA